AUGUUUGUCUAUAAGAGAGACGGACGCAAGGAACGCGUGCAGUUCGAUAAGAUCACAGCUCGCGUCUCAAGGCUAUGCUAUGGCCUUGAUCCGGAGCAUGUCGAUGCCGCAGCUAUUACCCAAAAGGUAAUCUCGGGAGUAUACCAGGGAGUAACGACCAUCGAGCUGGACAACUUGGCUGCUGAAACUGCUGCAUACAUGACUGUUACCCACCCAGAUUAUGCUAUUCUUGCUGCUAGAAUAGCGGUUUCCAACUUGCACAAACAGACCAAAAAGCAGUUCUCGUCGGUGAUUGAUGAUCUUUACCACUAUGUCAACCCCAAAAACAACCGUCCGGCGCCUAUGAUUUCUCAAAAGACCUAUGAGAUUGUAAUGAAACAUUCUGAGGAAUUAAACUCAGCUAUCGUUUAUGACCGCGAUUUCAACUACCAAUACUUUGGAUUCAAAACCCUCGAGAGAUCAUACCUGCUGCGAAUCAAUGGCAAGGUUGCCGAACGGCCACAGCAUAUGAUUAUGCGUGUUGCAGUCGGAAUUCAUGGCGAUGAUAUUGAAAAGGCAAUUGAGACAUAUAACUUGAUGUCCCAAAAGUAUUUCACUCACGCUUCCCCAACUCUUUUCAACGCUGGAACGCCACAGCCACAGAUGGCCUCUUGCUUCCUCAUUGAUAUGAAAGAAGACAGCAUUGAGGGCAUCUACGAUACUCUCAAGACAUGUGCUCUGAUAUCCAAAACGGCUGGCGGCAUUGGGCUGAAUGUUCAUCGUAUUCGCGCCACUGGUUCCUAUAUUGCAGGAACUAAUGGCUCCUCCAACGGUAUUAUUCCCAUGCUCCGUGUCUUUAACAACACCGCUCGAUAUGUCGAUCAAGGCGGAAAUAAACGACCGGGUGCUUUUGCCAUUUACAUUGAACCUUGGCACUCGGACGUUUUCGAGUUUUUGGAUCUCCGUAAGAACCACGGAAAGGAAGAAGUGAGAGCUCGAGAUCUCUUCCUCGCACUUUGGACCCCAGAUCUAUUCAUGAAGCGGGUAGAGAAGAAUGGUGACUGGACUUUGUUCUGUCCAAAUGAAGCCCCAGGGUUGGCCGAUGUGUACGGUGAUGAGUUUGAAGCUCUUUAUGAACAAUAUGAGAAGGAAGGCCGCGGCAGAAAAACAAUCAAGGCUCAAAAACUCUGGUAUGCUAUCCUCGAAGCUCAAACCGAGACUGGCAACCCUUUCAUGCUGUAUAAGGAUGCCUGCAACCGCAAAAGCAAUCAGAAGAACCUUGGGACGAUCCGCAGCUCCAAUUUAUGCACGGAAAUCAUCGAAUAUACCGCUCCAGACGAGGUCGCAGUCUGCAACCUUGCAUCUCUUGCCUUGCCGACUUACGUUGAUCCCGUCCGUGGCGAAUAUGACUUUGGAAAACUGCAUGAAGUCACGCAAGUGCUGAUUCGUAAUUUGAACAAAAUUAUCGAUGGCAACCAUUAUCCUGUCCCUGAAGCCCGAAAGAGCAACUUCCGCCACCGUCCGAUUGCCGUGGGCGUGCAGGGCCUCGCCGAUGCUUUCCUUGCUCUUCGGCUGCCAUUUGAUUCGCCUGAGGCAAGGCAGUUAAAUACUCAAAUCUUUGAAACAAUUUAUCAUGCUAGUUUGACUGCCUCUUGCGAUUUGGCCAAAAUUGAUGGACCCUACGAGACCUAUGAAGGCUCUCCGGUUUCGCAAGGCAUUUUACAGUAUGACAUGUGGAAUGUGACUCCAAGUGACCUUUGGGACUGGGACUCCCUCAAAAAGGAGAUUGCAAAACAUGGUGUUCGCAACAGUCUGCUCGUUGCUCCCAUGCCUACUGCCAGUACAAGCCAGAUUCUUGGAUUUAACGAAUGUUUCGAGCCUUAUACAUCAAACAUCUACUCACGACGAGUUCUUGCGGGUGAAUUCCAAGUCGUCAACCCAUGGCUUCUGAAAGACCUCGUUGAUCUCGGCCUCUGGUCUGACAACAUGAAGAACCGCAUCAUUGCCGAAGGUGGAUCUAUACAAAACAUCCCCAACAUCCCCGCCGACAUCAAAGCCCUUUACAAAACAGUCUGGGAAAUCUCCCAACGGACCAUUGUCCAAAUGGCCGCGGAUCGCGGCGCAUUCAUCGAUCAAUCUCAGUCGCUGAACAUCCAUCUCAAAGAACCCACCAUGGGCAAAAUCACCAGCAUGCACUUUGCGGGCUGGAAACUCGGUCUCAAGACCGGCAUGUACUACCUUCGUACCAUGGCCGCUUCCGCGCCAAUCCAAUUCACCGUCGACCAGGAACAGCUCAAAGUCGCCGACACAAACGUCGCGCGGACAAAUGGCAUCGCUAAAAAGCGAGGCGGUGUUUCCAGCAGCUAUUCUAGCGCUUACUCCGCUGUGCCACGGCCGAUGUACGACCAGAAACAACCCAGCGGGCCUGUGGCGGAGGCGCCGCGGCCAGCGAGUCCAAAGGGUGUCCCCGCAUUUGAAAGGAGCCAAGUGACGGCUCCUCCAGAUGAGGAGUUGGGUAAGAAAAAAACGGCGGCGUUGGCUGAGGAGAAAAACCAAGAGGCAGAAGGAGCGCCUGCUACUGGUGAACAGGGAGCGAGUGAGCAGGAUAUUUAUUCUCAAAAGGUGCUGCAGUGCAGCAUUGAGAACAAGGAAGCAUGCAUGAUGUGCAGUGGUUAG